UCUGAUUCAUAUAAGUGGAAUUAGACACCGUGCAGCAUGUUCUCAGUACGCAUUGUGAGUGCUGAUUACUACAUGACCAGGCCUCUGCAGCUCCUGGAUGUGUGCUACUCCCAUUUCAGGGAGACAGAGGUGCAGAAAGUGCCUGUGGUCAGGAUUUUUGGAGCCACGCCUGCAGGUCAGAAGACGUGUCUGCACCUGCAUGGCGUGUUUCCCUACAUCUAUGUGCCCUAUGACGGAUUUGGGCAGCAGCCAGAGCGAUACCUGCGCCAGGUAGCCUUCAGCAUCGACCGCGCCAUCAACGUCAGCAUGGGCAACCCGUCCUCAAAUGCACAGCACAUCUUCAAGGUCACCCUUGUCUCUGGCAUGCCUUUCUACGGGUUCCAUGCUCAGGAAAAAGCCUUUAUGAAGAUUUACCUCUACAACCCUCAGAUGGUUAAAAGGGUGUGUGAGCUGCUGCAGGGUGGAGCUGUGAUGAAUAAGUGUUUCCAGCCUCAUGAAGCUCACAUCCCGUUCCUCCUUCAGUUCUUUAUCGAUUACAACCUGUACGGCAUGAAUCUCAUCCACCUAUCCGCUGUACGCUUUAGAAUCCAUAAACCAGAAGCUGAUGAACAGUGUAAGAGCAGAGUAGAGGAUGACAGCAUGUUGAAGAACUCGAACCUCAGUGACAGUGUUCAGGGGGGAACCUUCGCUCGAUGGGAUGAGAGUCAUUUACCCAGCUCUCUGAUUGUAGAGGAUGCAGUAAGGGUGAGUGUGUGUGAGCUGGAAGUAGACGCUGUGGCGACAGAUAUCCUCAACCGCCUGGAAAUUGAGAAUCAGAUUGGUCGGAAUCCAGGACUGCAGGCCAUUUGGGAGGAUGAGAAGCAGAGGAGGAGAGAGAAGAACCAGAACUCUCAAAUAGAAACUCCUCAAUCACAGGAUCGUCCUUGUGUGGAGCCUGUGGAGAGUGAACGUGUCUUCAUGAAGAGAUUAAAGGAGAAGCUGAGGGAGAACCAAUUUGACAUCACACAGAGCGAUACAUUAGUUGAGGAUGAGGAAGACGAGGAGGAGGAGGAGGAAUUCCCUAAUCUCUCACUUCAUACUGAUGAUCUAAGUCCUGAUCUGCCCCUUGUUCCUGCCAGCCAGGUGGAGGUGCACAGGGACACACCCACAGAUGUUAGAAGAUCAGGUGGAAAAGAUGCUGAGGUGGCUGUUGUGGAUGAAGAAGCCAUCCUCAGUUUGCUGGAGAGCAGUCAGACCUUCCUGCCCCUGUCCCCAAAAUCUAACAAGUCCCUUAUUCUAGAUAACAGCCAGGAUCAGGCGUUGGUGGAGUUCCUGGAAGGGCUUGCAGAUGAUGGGUUUAGAAAGGAUGUGCCCAUCAGUGCGUCCUAUCAGCAUCUGUCUGGAAGUGUGAACUGUCCGUACAACAGUGAUGAGGAAGAAGCCGUGCCCCAGCUGGAGAAGGAGGAGGCGGAGCUAAGCAUAUUGAUGUCACAAAGAUGGGAUAGUGACAUGCCUGGACCCUCCAACAGACUGCUAAUGAAGGAUGGAAACGAGAGCUCUGGUGACGAACAGAACGAAUCAUCAGAAGAAGAGAUGGACUGGAGUGGAAGCAACAAUCUUUUUGCUGACCUGUCUAUCCCUCAGCUGGAUGGUGCUGCAGAUGAGAACAGUGAUUCAUCUUUGUCUGACAAAGGAUCCAGAACUCACUCAUCGCUUCCUGCAAAUGAUAAGAUUUUGAGCCAGAGAAACCACUUCCAGAGCGAAACUGUUUCUCAGUCUUCAGCUAAAAUCCUUCUCCAGUGCAAACACCCAGAGCACAGACAGUCACUGGCACUUGAUAAGCUGGAACCAGCGGAUAAGCACUUUCCUGCUAACAACCAAGAGGCCAGUAAACCUGUAACUGGUCACAAAGUAAAUAAAGAGAUCCCGUACAUUCCACCAGUAAAGCACCCCAUCCCAUCGAAUGUGUCACAGACCAGUGCUGAGAAGGUGGCAGGGCACCCACUUCACUCUAAUGAAAACAAAGCUGCUGCCCAACCCGAUUCGGACAGUUUGAGCUUUGGGAGUUCAAAACUUUCCCAGAGCUGGAGAAAGCACAAGAGCAUUAAGAAUGACGACAAGAAUCAUUUAUCCAUUCUGCAAAAUUCAAGUCUCUCAGUGUGUCUGUCCGAUCUUCGGAGCUGUCCUACUGAAACUGAGCUUGAUCUGAGUAAAAAAGACGAGGCAGAAAGUCCAGCUGCAAAAGAUUUGGACAAAGCCUACAGUCCAGUGGAAGAUCCUGAGCCUUUUGUACUCCAGGAGGGUGAGAUAAGCCAGGAUGGUGAAGAGGAUGAUGUUGGUGAGCUUAAGAUUAGAUAUGAGGACUACCAAGAGAACAAAACAGGGAGAAAAAAUGUGGCCCAUCAGGAGGAUCAUUACAAGUUUUUUCCCAGUGUUAUUCUUUCCAAUUGCCUUUCAAGGCCAGUGAAGAAGCAGGUCGGGAGUAAGACUGCUGAUAGUCUGGAUCAGCCUGAGCAAAAAAGGUUGCGGUUAAAGUUAAGCAAGAAAAAAAGUCAGAAAAGGGAAAGUCUGACCGAAAGUCCUGAAACCCCCAAAAAUGAGGUGGCUGCAGACUCACCAGUUCAACAAAACAUGGAAACAGACGAGCAAGUUCAGAAGGAAAUAUUUGUACCAGAUAAAUGUGAUUCAGCUUUAGAAAAAGGUCCUGAUGAAGAUUCUGGCAAGGAUAAUCUUUUAGAUCUUCCUGACCAAAUAGUGUGCACCAAGGUCUCCAGUCUGCCAGGCAGCAAGUAUACCCUACGCACAAAGCGCAAAAUUAUGAGUUAUGACAGCGAGGACGGCGAUUACCAAUGUUCUCGUACUUUCAAACAAUCCUCAGUACAUCAAGAGGGCUUUAAAGACAACCUGGGGGUCCUCAGUGGUAAUCGGAAGAAGAGAAAGCUGUCUAAAAAAGAGCCACCGAUUAUAAUCAAAUACAUCAUCAUUAACCGGUUUAAAGGCCAGAAAAAUAUGUUGGUCAAGAUGGCGAAGGUUAGCGCAGAUGAACCUCAAGUGGUUCUGACACCAGACAAGCUUGAGCAACUAGAGAAACUUGCCCCUCUCAAAAACUUCUGGCCCAAGGUUCCAGAGUCAACAGCAGUUCGAUUUCCAAUUCCAGAGCCAAAGGUUAAGAAACAAACCAAACGGAAGGUCAAGGUUCCCUCACAAAUAGUGAAACCCAGUAGCUCCCCAAAACCAAGGUCUAAAAAAGACAACAACAGAAGAAACAAGAAGUUUAAGACUGAGAUAGAUUUACCCAAAUUGCCAACACCUUGGCCUUGCUACAAUGACCUCACUGGUGACUUCUGCUCUGAGUAUUCUGAUGUAAUGUUGGAGUUGGGUUACCUUUCUGAGAGGGCAGCUAGUCCUGCUGAUUCGACUCCCCCACGAUGCUGGUCUCCAUCUGACCCCAUUUUAGAGGCAGACUCUAAAGAUCACUUAAUAAGCCCUUAUAGUGAUCCUUGCCUUGGCUCACCAUAUGAAGGAAUGCCGGCAGGUCUUAAAGGCAGAAGAAGGGCAUCCAGACCAAGAAAGAAUUCUGGUGCAAGCCCAAAAAGAAGAAACACCAACCCACCAGCUAAUGGAGAUUCCACAACAAAAAACAUCCGUAAAAAGUCACGCAAACCACAGAAAGACCUUGAUCUUAAAAUAGGAACUAACAACUCUAAAUCUUCGUUCCAAAAAGGCAGACGGUUGAGCAAGAAGAUUCUGGUUGAGGGGUCUGCAGAUGUUCAUGUAAUUGCAGACCCAUUAAAUACUUCCCAGUGUUUGUAUCCAGCCGAUGACCUUCAACCUACACAAGGCUCAUCCAGCGAUUUGACUCCCUACCAGCAUCCAGAUUCCCAGCGACAAGAAUUUCAGUUCAGUAGUUCAAGUUCUCAAACUCCAAAAUCCACCCCUGAAGCAAAGUCUGAGCAGAGCCAGUCUAGCUGUGGGGUUCACCUGGGCUUUAGUGUUGCUGCUGCUUCUAAACAAGGUUCUCAGUUUUCUCAAAAUGCUGCUAAUCCUUUUUCUAAAAUGUGCACCGAUGGUAAUUUCUCUCCAUCUGCAAAGACGUCUAGAUUAUGUUUCUCAGAUGUUAAACAUGGAAGUCAAGAUGGGAAUGAUUUGCCCAAUCCAACUGAAAUGAAAUUAGAACCCUCAGAAGCAGAACCAGCCUCUAAAACUCUACAGCCAUUGCAGAAAGACACAAAGAUGCCUGCAAAACCUAAAAGACGCUCAUCCAAAAAGAAGGAAUUGGCAGAAAAUACAACUUUGAACUUAACUCCUGAGUUGACACCCUUAAAUAAUAAUCCACCAGAUAAUCCUCAGAAAGAUCCCUCUGAACUCCAUUUGGUGCCAAAGAAUGGAGAGACCCCGUCUCAACCAAGUAUGCCCUCUGGACUUGCUGUCUUAAAGGCACUUCUUCAAAAAAGACAGCUCAAAGAAGGACAAGGCUCAGUGGAAACCAUACCUAAGAGUGUUUCUACUGCUAUACAACUUCCAGAAGUUACUGCCAAACCUAAGAAGAUGUCUUUACCUACACCAAGAAAGCCCAGAGUCCAGAAAACUCAGGUGCCAAAAGAGACGAAGCCACGAAGCAGGAAAGGAAAGAAUGGCAAGUCAGAGGACCGUGUUAAAUCAGAACUUCCUUUUUCUGAUGGAAGUCCUGUGUUUUUGUCUGAUCCUGGAUUUGACAGCUCCUUCUCCUUUGAAGAUAGCUUAUCUCCUGAGGUUCCUCGUAACAGCUUUGACAUUAAUACUGUUUGUAUUGUAAACUCCAGUUUGUAUUGCAGUAGCCAGUUUGUUCUCACUGACAAGAAUUUGCCUCAGACGUUCCUCAGUGAUGUCAAACAGGAACCUGUAUCCCCUCUGGCUUUGGAAAGUGGGCAAGGAAAAGCACAAGGCAUUGUGGAGAGCAGCAUAAAUGAAUCAGAGUGGCAAAAGCCUGGGCAUGUCAGCCCUGAACUUUUUGAAAAGUUGCCUGCUGGUAAUGUGGAUGGGCUUUUAAAUGAGAUCCCUCUGUCUCUGAUGGACAAAGGGAACAGAGAUUGGGGUGCUUGUUUGGCUAAGAUGAACCACAGCCACUUUCAAGACUUUUACUGUGAAAAAAACGACCUUUUACUAGGACAAGACCCCUUCUUACCACUUACGUCUGUCUCUUUUUCUGAUAAUGGUGUGUCCCCUACAGGGGAUCUGCUAGACGGUAGUGAGGCAUUUACCUCCACGACUCCCAGCAGUUCACCACGCUCUAUCAGUUCAUUAUCACAACUAAGAAAUGGUAGCCAGGCUCAGAAGAGUACAGGAGCUCAUAUUCUCAAACCUCUCAUGUCCCCUCCGAAUCGAGAGGAGAUCCUCUCCACCCUGCUGGAGCUGGACCUUCCAGAGGCCACCUACCAAGAACCCUUUUGCAGUGACCCAUCUGAUGUACCUGUGAAACCAAGAGAGGUUGGUGGCCGGAAGCUUCUCCUGGAAACGAAGCUUGCAAACGAUCUGACAGAGUUCAUCGGUGGUUUAUCACAAGAGGGUCUGCAGUUUUGGAAAACCGCAUUUUCUGCUAUGACUCGUGCAGGUCCUUCACCUAGUCAGGGUGCUGAGCCUCUAAAAUCUGCCAAAGAUCAAAAAGAGGGCAGUUUGUCCCCAAAUAGUGACCAGAAAAUAAUCCUGUUACCCUGUAAAAGCGCACCAAGCCGAGAACGAGUGCAGCUUUGGCUCCAAGCAAAGAAACAGUUCGAGUGUCUUCAGAGGGAUCGACAAAAAAGAUUGGGGCCAAAAAAUAUAAAGGUGGACCAGGACAAACCUAAAAUUGAACUGAACCAUGAGGACGGGGGGUCUAAAAUAGUAUCAGACUUGCAGGCGCUCAGACGGAAAGAGUUGACUUUGCCUCUUAGUGCAUCACCAGUCCAGGCUGAAACAUCCACCAGCAGCCCACAAGAUAUAAAAUAUGACAUGAAUACUGAAACUAUAGGACAAGAAGAAGGAGAAGGAAACUCGCUCAAACAGAGUGCAUCUCCAGACCCGUCUGACCUGCCACCAUGGCAGGAACCAGAUCAGAGUCCUGGACGAACGAAUCUUAGCAGGCGUGAUUCAGCUGUUGAAUCGGCAUCUCCUAAACUAAGUGGAUCUAGCGACCCUACCUCACCAGAAAGCAUUAAACCAAAGCAGUUCCUCAGUCCAUUGCCAUUUCCUUUAAAAGUGCAGGAUGAAGAGGGUUCGAGCCCCGGCCCAAUACACAGCACCCCCAUCCUGAACAAAAGAAGAAGCACAGCUGACCCCCAGCUCAGCAGCCCAGGAUCAGAAGAUGUGGAGCCGAAAUCUAGAAGACUCCAGCAGAGGAGGAUCAGCAACACCAGUGCAUUACGCAGAGUUCUGCUGACCACUCAGAUGAAGAAUCAGUUUGCCGGGUUGAAUGUAUCCAGAGGAGACGGCUCUCAGAUCGAAGGUCCAUCACUCUGUAACUCAUACGGGUUUAAAGUGGGGAUGCAGAACCUGCACGACGCCAAAGCUCUACACGAGGUGCAGCAUCUGACCGUGAUGAGUAUGGAGCUGCAUGCUCGGACACGCCGGGAUUUGGAACCCGACCCCGAGUUCGACCCGAUCUGUGCCUUAUUUUACUGCCUCAGCUCAGACAGCCCGCUUCCUGAUUCGGAGAAGAAACAGAUAACUGGAGCUGUGGUCAUUGAUAAAGACUGUCACUCUACAGGACAGGGCUUGAGGAGCACGGCGCCCCUGCUGGUGAGAUCAGGUGUUGCAGAUCUGCAGGUCAGUUAUGCUGCCGAUGAAAAGGAGCUUUUUGAGGAAAUCUGCAGAAUAAUGAAAAAGUAUGAUCCUGAUAUAUUGGUGGGCUAUGAGGUUCAGAUGCACUCGUGGGGUUACCUGUUACAGCGGGCAUCAGCACUGAGCGUUGAUUUGUGCCAACAACUCUCUCGAGUGCCAGGUGAUGCGAAAGAGAACCGCUUCACUGAGGAUAAAGAUGAGUACGGUGCAGAGGUCAUGUCAGAAAUCCAUAUUGUUGGGCGAAUCACCAUCAACCUGUGGCGAAUCAUGAAAACUGAGGCAGCACUGAAUAUCUACACCUUUGAGAAUGUGGCGUUUCACUUGCUGCACCAGCGCUUUCCUCUCUACACACAUCGUUCACUCUCUGACUGGUUCGACCACAGCACACACCUGUACAGGUGGAAGAUGGUGGAUCACUAUGUGAGCAGGGUGUGUGGUGUGAUGCAGCUCCUGCAGCAGAGGGACAUUGUGGGUCGUACCAGCGAGUUUGCUCGCGUUUUUGGGAUUCAGUUCUACCACGUCCUUACCCGUGGGUCACAGUACCGCGUAGAGGCGAUGAUGUUACGUCUUGCUAAGCCACUCAACUACAUAGCGGUGACUGCCAGCACGGCUCAGCGUGCCCAGCAGAGGGCACCUCAGUGUAUCCCGCUGGUGAUGGAACCCGAGUCUCGUUUCUACAGUAACUCGGUUCUGGUGCUGGACUUCCAGUCUCUGUACCCGUCUGUUGUCAUUGCCUACAACUACUGUUACUCUACGUGCCUGGGCCACACCCACAGCCUCGGAACAUCGGACGAGUUUCGCUUUGGUUGUACGACUCUGCGUGUUCCUCCCGACCUUCUGUAUCAGCUCCGUAACGACAUCAACAUCUCACCCAACGGAAUCGCCUUCGUUAAGUCAUCAGUACGUAAAGGUCUGAUGCCACAGAUGUUGGAGGAGAUCCUUCACACUCGGUUCAUGGUGAAGGCAGCGAUGAAGUCGUAUCGUGGUGAUGAAGGUCUGACGAGGCUUCUCGACGCCCGCCAGCUCAGCCUGAAACUCAUCGCUAACGUGACCUUCGGCUACACCGCGGCUAACUUCUCCGGCCGCAUGGCCUGUGUGGAGUUGGGUGACAGUAUCGUACACAAGGCGAGAGAAACACUAGAGCGAGCCAUUAAACUGGUGAACGAAACCAAAAAAUGGGGAGCCCGGGUGGUGUACGGAGAUACGGACAGUAUGUUUGUGUUGUUGAAGGGAGCGACUAAAGAACAGGCGUUUAAAAUCGGCAGUGAAAUCGCUGAAGCUGUGACCGCCACCAACCCCAAACCCAUCAAACUCAAGUUUGAGAAGGUAUACCUGCCGUGUGUGUUACAGACUAAGAAGCGCUACGUAGGUUAUAUGUACGAGACUUUGGAUCAGAAGGACCCUGUGUUUGACGCUAAAGGCAUCGAGACCGUACGCCGCGAUGGCUGCCCUGCUGUUGCCAAGAUCCUGGAGAGGUCGUUGAAGCUGUUGUUUGAGACGAGGGACAUCUCUCAGGUGAAGCAGUAUGUACAGAGACAGUGUGUGAAGAUUCUGGAGGGCAGAGCCAGUCUACAGGACCUCACCUUUGCUAAAGAGUACCGGGGCAGCGCCUCCUACAAGCCCGGAGCAUGUGUGCCCGCUCUGGAACUCACCAGGAGGAUGAUGGGGCACGAUCGGCGGCUGGAGCCACGGGUCGGUGAGCGGGUACCAUAUGUGAUUGUGUACGGUACUCCUGGAGUUCCUUUGAUCCAGCUGGUUCGUCGCCCUUUCGAGGUCCUGCAGGAUCCCAGCUUGCGCCUCAACGCCACUUAUUACAUCUCCAAACAGAUCCUGCCCCCUCUGGCCCGCAUCUUCAACCUGAUCGGAGUGGACAUGUUCAGCUGGUACCACACACUGCCCCGGGUGCAGAAGGCGUUGUACCCAGCGGGGGCCGCCGUGGGGGACGAGUUAGGGAGGAAGGGUACGAUCUCUCAGUACUUCACCACACUGCACUGCCCUGUGUGUGACGAACUGACACAGCUGGGAGUGUGUGCACGCUGCAGGGCCGAACCUCAGCGGGUUGCCGUAACACUGCACCAAAACCUCCGGGAGUGGGAACUGCAACAGGACCAGCUACUAAAGGUGUGUAGGAGCUGUAGUGGUGCUGCAGAUCGACAGUCCGUCUGCGUCUCUCUGGAUUGUCCUGUCCUGUACAAACUUUCCAGAAUCAAUCGACAGCUUGCUAACGCCCCCUACCUCCGCCAACUGCUACAACAGAUCUGAUCUUCGUGCUGAUGUGGUGCUACAGUUUGAGUGUUUGUGUAUCUGAGUUAAAAAUGGUGCUUUAUUCUUUUUAAUAGUCAGUGUGUGUGUGUGUGUGUGUGUGUGUGUGUGUGUGUGUGUGUGUGUGUGUGUGUGUGUGUGUUAUGCGCCCAGUUUGCUGCAUUAUUGUUUGGGUACCUGUGUUGUGUGUUUAUGUGGAACAACAUCCAAUCAGAGACAGUUAAUCAUGGGUAACGAUCUUGUCUUCUCCGCUGAUGGCAUAUACAGACUGAUCUAGAACGCUGUGCAGGGUGUGUGCAGUAUUUCAGAGUAUUAACACUAGCGUUUCGGUGUAGCGUUGAUUUUUUGCAGUGGAUUUUAUAAACAGAAUUUGGAUACAUUCUGUCCUGUGGGAGAAUAAAAGGAAAACAAGACUUAUUUCUGUUUUCUUUCUGUUUGUUUUUGUAUUUAACCGCUCCAACGUUACGUGACUUUACAAAAAUCAAAGUGCUGAAGGUGUUAAAUCACUGCAGGUUUGAAUUUCUCUGCAGCUUUUUAUUGGUCUGUGUAAAUAGCUCCUGUACAGUAAGCAGGCAUGUUCCAAAAACCAGGUCACAAGUUUAUAGCGCAAUAUUCAAAACACACAAUAUUAUCAGGGACGCUUUUGAACACGCUCAUUUGGAAGGAAGUUUUUUAAAGAGAGAAAUCUGUAUCAGUGAAAAAUCAUCCAUAAUCCAUAUUUUGUACGUGAACAUGGACUGAAGUAUUCAAAUGGGUAAAGUUCUGGGAAGUUGUAAUGAACCGUGAUAAAAUGUGUGAUUAUUGUGAUUAUUGUACCUGCCUGAUUGUAGCUGCCUGACAGUGAAAAUGUUUCUAAAAGAAAGAAGAAAAGGAAGCAUAUUGUUAAGAUGAAAGUAACAUCUUUGUUUGGGUUUGUUGUUGGGUUUUUUUUU